CCUCCACAUCCUUUUUAUUGUCCCAGUUCUCUGCACACUGAGCUCAACGCGUCACUCUCCUCUGGUCUGUCUGUCUGCAGCUGCUGCACCACCGCAGGUUCACUACAUCACUACUACAGCUACUACAAACAUGUCUACCAAGGUCGCCGUGGUAACGGGCAGCAACAAGGGCAUCGGGCUGGCCAUCGUCCGAGCGCUCUGCAAGCAGUACCAAGGAGACGUCUACCUCACCUCCAGAGACGUCGGUCGUGGUGAGGAGGCCGUGGCAUCUCUGGCCUCAGACGGACUGAAGCCAAUGUUUCACCAGCUGGACAUCAACGACGUGAACAGCAUCACCGCCGCCGCCGCUUACUUUAAGGAGAAGUACGGAGGCGUGGACGUCCUCAUCAACAACGCUGGGAUUGCAUUCAAAAUGGCCGACACGGCUCCAUUUGCCGUCCAGGCGGAGGUCUCCCUCAAGACCAACUUCUUCGCCACCAGAGACAUGUUGACUGACUUCCUGCCGCUCAUCAAAGCCGGAGGUCGCGUGGUGAACGUCUCCAGCUUCGUCGGCUACCGCGCUCUGACCAAGUGCAGCGCGGCCCUCCAGGAGCGUUUCCGCAGCGAGGACAUCACCGAGGAGGAGCUGGUGGGACUGAUGGAGAAGUUUGUGGACGAGGCUAAAAAGGGUCAGCACCAGAAGGGCGGCUGGCCCGACACGUCGUACGGGAUGUCCAAGACCGGACUGACGACGCUGUCCAUGAUCCACGCUCGCCGUCUGUCCAAGGAGAGACCGAAGGACGGGAUCUUGCUGAACGCCUGCUGUCCCGGCUGGGUGCGCACCGACAUGGCCGGUGAUAAAGCCCCCAAAUCACCAGAUGAGGGAGCCAUCACUCCGGUCUACCUGGCGCUGCUGCCGCCCGGCGCCACCGAUCCUCAUGGAAAGUUUGUCUCCGAUAAAGAAGUUCAGCCGUGGUGAAAAGGGAUAAAGAGACCUGCGUCUGUGUGUGAGUGAGUAAAUGAAAGAGAGUCAGUGGUAAAUUACCAAAAACUUGUCAAAGCUUCUGUACAAAAUAGAUUUAUUUAGCAAUAAGAGAAACAUGUCCACCAUAUGAAAAACGUGACACAAUCUG